AAUCCCCAAUUUUUACUCUCCCCAUUUUCACAUUUCUUGUGUUUUCAUCUUUGAUUUUCUUCGAAACUUGUUUCAAUUCUUUAAGUCGGGGGUUUUUUACAAGCUUCAAUUAUUGUUCAGUAUCAGGGAAAAUUUUCGAUUUUGACUUCUUUCGAGUAUUCAAAGUGAUUUUUCGUUGAGUGAGAUUAUCCGUUAGUGAGAUUCUUGGGGUUUUGCUGUUUCUGGAACUGGGUUUUAUCGCCCAAUGAAAUUAUGGAACUGGAUAUGGCGACAGAAGCUUUUGGGGUUUGUUGACUUGCGAACACUGAUUUGAUGAAGAAUAGGGAAGUAAAAUUGGGAGUGGAAAUUGACAUACUUUUGGGCUGAAAAGAAUUAUAGUUGGUGUUGGGGGAGUUGGAUUUUAAAGUGAAGAAGAAAUUGGUCAUUUGAAGUUAAGUGGAUUUUUAGGGUUUUCUUGUUCUUGAGGCUGAACUUAAAAAUGGAUGACACUGAGGAUGAUGCAAGGUACCCACCAAACCCAUAUGGUGUGAAUCACCAGCAGGGUUAUGGUUCUUCAAAUCGACAAAAACUUCCUGUGAAGAAUUCUCCAUAUUCCAGGACAGUGGGCAAUCAAUAUGUUGAUGAUGACGAGGAAGAUGAGAAUGAAGGAGAAGAUGAAGAGGAGUUGGGGGAGGAUGAUGGGGAGAAUAAUCAAAAUAAUGGUAUCCAGUAUGUGGGAAAGGAAGUGGAUGAUGAUGACUACGAUGAGGAUGAUGAGGAUGCAGAUGUUGAUGAAGAAGAGGAUGAGGAGGAUAAUCAAAAGAACUAUAGUAGGAGGAUCAAUGAUGUUGAUUUGGAAAGGCAUCCUAAGAUGCGAAAGCUAAAGAGCAUAGUUUCAAGCUAUGAAUUUGCACCUCGUGUCCCAGCACCUCCUGUUACUGCCUCAUCAGCUCCAAAACCUUCAUUUGCUGGGCGUAAUCCACUUACUGAUUGGACUGAGCAUGAAACUUUUGUUUUGCUGGAUGCUUGGGGUGAUAAAUUUGUGCAACGUGGGAGGAAGAGUCUUCGUUCUGAGGAAUGGCAGGAAGUUGCUGAGAAGGUAUCAGAGGUAUCAAAGAUCGAGAGGACUGACACGCAAUGUAGGAAUCGUUUGGAUACAUUGAAAAAGAAGUAUAAAAAGGAGAAGAUUAAUCUAGCAGACGUGGGUGGCAGUGGUAGCAAAUGGGUUUAUUUCAAGAAAAUGGAUAUGCUAAUGUCAACAUCUGCACAGCAAGGCGGGCUUUCAUGUGGGGUGGACUCAGGAGAGUAUGUUUUCAUGAGCCCUAAGGUAUAUCUAAACCGUGCGAAUGGGUUGGAUGAGAUGAGGGACAGUCCAGGCAAUUCGGAAGCAGCUGAUGAGGUAGAGGAUGACUCAGAUGGACUUCCGCCCAAGAAAAGAAAGUUUGGAAGGGACCGCGAUGAAGGGUCCUCAUUUAGCUUGCUUGCAGAUUCUAUUCAGAAAUUUAGUGAGAUAUAUGAGAGGAUUGAGAAUAAUAAAAGGCAGCAGAUGUUGGAACUAGAGAAGAUGAGGAUGGAUUUCCAUAGGGAUUUAGAAAUGCAGAAAAGGCAGAUCAUGGAGAGAGCACAAGCUGAAAUAGCUAAAAUUCAGCAAGGUGAUGAUGACAAUAAUGACAUCUCUGCUGAUAAUGCCAGUGGAUAAUGCUUCUAGAUCUUAUUUGCAUCUGUAACAUUAAUUAGCAUAUUAGCUAGUUGUUGUAUAAUGUUGGGGCCUUCUUUUACUCUUCCAAGGCAAUUGAAUUGUUGGCGAUAUUGUAUUGGCUAUACCAGAAGAAAUAACGUAAUGCUUGAGGAUUUAUUCAUUCAACUUUGCUCCUAGGUAGAUGUAUCCAGCUCUAUUUGGGCAACAGUUAAGAUUUCUUAUCGAAUGCAAUUGCCGGCAACUGAGCUGCAGCCUGUGAUGGGA